UCCGUCCACUCGCGCCGCACCUCCAACUCCAUCCCCAUCCUCAUCCCAUCCUCGCCCGCCCACAAUGGCAAAAGACGAAGCGAAAAAGGCAGAAAAGAAGGCAGCAAAGAAGGCAGCCGCAGCCGCAGCCGCUGCAGCUGCUGACGCGAGCACCAUGUCCGUCGAUGCGGCUGAGCCGUCCUCCGUCGUCGUCGUCGAGGACAAGUCGAGCAAGAAGCGCAAGGCGGCCGAAGCGGUUGAUGACGAUCAGGAGGGGGAGAUAGACCUCUCGACUCUCAGUCCCAUCGCUAGUGCGUCGUCUCUCAACCGUCUACCUCUCUGGCCUGCACCCCCCUUACACUGACGCUCUCCCCUCGGCAUCGCCGGCCAUCGCGGCAGAACCUCUCGCCGAUCGCAAAAUGACCAAGAAGCUCUUCAAGACGAUCAAGAAGGCUAGCAAGUCCAAGGGACACGUGAAGCGUGGGGUAAAGGAGGUGGUCAAGGGGUUGCGAAAGGGGGAAAAGGGGUGAGUAGGCAGGCGAUAAGGCGUACUUUAUUCGCGAGCGUAUAUUGAC